AAGCAUACAAAUAUUAAAAUGUCCACCAAUAAAAGUUUUGACAAGAGUGGCAAACCCACACUGGGAUACACACUCUUUGUGCACUUGAGUGAGUUGAAAUAUCGUAAGAAACACAUAUCUGUAGUUCCCUGUUUGCCACUGAUAAAAUCAAAACUCCUAGUCACUGACACACUAAUUUCGCGCACCAAAGAGCAAGAAAAUUUCACGGACUUAGAAACUCUCCAACAGGAACAAAUAUUCCGCCAACGCUUAAGACUCUCCAUGUUGCGGAUAUUGCGGCAAUGUCGAUUAGGUCUGUCAUAUGAAAAGCAUGUCAUGGUAAAAACAACGGAAACACCGACAAAGAGAAGCCGAGAUGAUGAAAGGGAGGAACUUGAUGUUAAGCUUCAGGAGGCAGAAGUAAAAAUCACAGCGACAAAGAGGCGCAGGGAGGAUGUAAAGGAGGAACGUGAUGUUAAGCUAGAGAAGCCAGAAGAUGCACCACUUAAUCAGAGGAAACGGUCUCGGAGAGCUUUGGUUUUUAAUUAGAAUUUAAUUUGUUUGUUUUUAUUGCUUAUA